CGUCUUCCCUUCCCUCGUCUGGCGGCCGAAACGCUUUCUGAUCAGGUUUGUCCAGCUCAGGGUUCCGUCCCGGAGGCCUCUGCACGUCAGGAGAAGAGAGCGCUGGACGCGAAGCCGGAGCCGGGUGGCGGCGCUUGCAGGAAGGGGCGAUGGCGGCUGCCGCGGGAGGAGCCUACGCGAACCUGAAGCUGCACAUAACACCAGAGAAGUUUUAUGUGGAAGCUUGUGAUGAUGGAGCCAAUGAUGUACUGGCCAUUGACAGAGUCUCCACAGAGGUCACUCUUACAGUUAAAAAAGAUAUUCCUCCUUCAGCUGUUACCAGGCAAAUAUAUGGUAUUUUGGGAACAAUACGUCUAGUGGCAGGCACGUACCUUAUUGUAAUAACAAAAAAGAGAAAAGUAGGAGAAUUUUUCAGCCAUGCCGUUUGGAAAGCAAUGGACUUUGACAUUCUCUCUUACAAAAAGACAAUGUUACAUUUAACUGAUAUUCAGUUACAGGAUAAUAAAGCCUUUUUAGCAAUGAUCAGCCAUGUGUUAAAUGUGGAUGGAUUUUAUUUCUCUACAACGUAUGACUUAACACACACCUUGCAACGGCUGGCUAAUACGAGUCCAGAGUUUCAAGAAAUGAGCUUGCUAGAGAGGGCAGAUCCACGGUUUGUAUGGAAUGGACAUCUUCUUAGAGAAUUUGCUGCUCAGCCUGAGAUUCAUAGGUUUGCUACACCAGUUAUGCAUGGAUUUAUUACAAUGUACUCUUGCUCGAUUAAUGGAAAAUAUUUUGACUGGAUUCUUAUUUCCCGAAGAAGUUGUUUCAGAGCAGGUGUUCGCUAUUAUGUUAGAGGUAUCGAUUCCGAAGGACACGCAGCUAACUUUGUAGAAACGGAACAAAUUGUGCAUUACAAUGGGAGCAAAGCUUCUUUUGUCCAGACACGGGGAUCAAUUCCUUUUUUCUGGUCACAGAGACCAAACCUCAAAUAUAAACCAAAACCACAGAUCAGCAAAUCAGUAAAUCAUAUGGAUGGCUUCCAAAGACACUUUGACUCUCAAAUUAUUAGCUAUGGGAAACAAGUGAUUGUUAACCUGGUUAACCAGAAGGGCUCAGAAAAGCCUCUUGAACAAACUUUCUCACAAAUGGUAAACAGCUUGGCAAAUGGAAUGGUCAGAUACGUAGCAUUUGAUUUCCAUAAAGAAUGCAGUCGCAUGAGGUGGGAACGGCUCCAGGUUUUAUUAGAUCGACUCGCUGAACAACAAGAUGAAUUUGGCUACUUUCUAGUGGACUCUGAUGGCAAGAUGGUGACGCAGCAAGAAGGAACCUUCCGCAGUAAUUGUAUGGACUGCCUGGAUCGGACAAAUGUGAUUCAGAGCCUUCUAGCACGCCGUUCUCUCCAAGCACAGCUGCAGAGAUUAGGUGUGUUGCAUGUUGGCCAGAGAAUUGAAGAGCAAGCAGAAUUUGAAAAAAUCUAUAAAAACGCCUGGGCUGACAAUGCAAAUGCUUGUGCCAAACAGUACGCCGGAACGGGUGCCUUAAAGACGGACUAUACAAGAACUGGGAAGAGAACUCAGUGGGGUCUAGUAAUGGAUGGCUGGAAUUCACUAAUACGUUAUUACAAGAACAACUUCUCUGAUGGUUUUAGACAGGAUGCAAUAGAUCUGUUUCUUGGAAAUUAUUCUGUGGAUGAAGUAGAUUCUGUCAGUCCCUUUCGUGUGCAGAAAGACUGGAAAUUCUUGGCUUUACCAAUUAUCAUGGUGGUUGCGUUCUCAAUGUGCAUCAUCUGUUUGCUAAUGGCUGGUGAUACAUGGACAGAGACACUGGCUUAUGUCCUAUUCUGGGGAAGUGCAAGCUUUGGAACUCUCGCUAUCAUCCUUUACAAUGGCAAGGAUUUUGUAGAUGCUCCUAAGCUAGUCCAGAAGGAGAAGAUGGACUGAAUUUGUGUGUGUGGAAAGCGGCUUGGUAGGGAUGACUCCUCAAGCCAGUCCUGGAGCCUCUACUGACCUGCUUUCCACACCAGCCUGUGUUCUCUUUAGCUUUCAUCUUUGAAAAAGUGAAUCCAGCUUGUUGCUUGGUGGAGGUGACUGACUGAUCUAGUUACAAUGGUUUCUGGAGUAUUGCAUUCGCCAAGGAGCUUGCACAUACAACAUUAGGGAAAUGAAAAGAUAUAAAUGAAAUAAUUCUGUAGUCCUGUCACGUGUUAACCACAUAAUUUAAAAGGCCCGCCAAGCUUUGCAGCUCAGCAGCAGCAUAGUAUUGUCAAACUCAUCAGAGUUGCAAAGAAUAUGCUGUUCUACUGAGAGCUAGCUGCUGCUGACUUUUGCUAAGGCAGACCUGGUUUACAUUUAUCUGAUAGGAAAGGCCUUGCUUGUUAACAAUAACACAUUGUGCUGCUUAAAUUAAACUUCUCGUUGGGUGUCCUUACAGACAAGAACUCAACGUUAACAUGUGCAGGGUUGUACCAUGUAUCUAUCAGCAUUCCCUAAAAAUAAAGACCUCCCACUCUCCCCCUGUUCAAGUCUCUCUUGCCCAUUAUGGGACUAUUGAUGCAAUAUUCUGUUCAUUGAAAGGAUGAGUGAACCAUUGAAUUUGUUUGGAAUAUGUCUUGCAGUGCUUUAAUGACUCCAGUCCUUAGAUGAAAAAUUUCAGUGUGACUCAAAUGUUAAAAUUCAGUCCUUUUUUUUUAAAAAAAAAGAUGUAAAUGGAAUCAAAGAAUAUAAAGCUGCUGCUUUGUCCCUCUUAUGCUAAAUGUCCAAAUAUUUGUUUGUUUCUUCAGUCACAAAUGUAGAAAUUCUCUAUAGAUUUGGCGAACCAGAUGCUGCUUACUCUGCCUUGGUUUUAGUGGGCAUAAUAUGUGGAAGAGAGAAUAUGCAUUUGGUCUAUUUUCUCUGGCUAAAUUCCAUGUUUGCACUUGGUCAGCAUUGGUUUGCUUUUUGUGCAUGAUGUAAUUAUAUUUCAAUUGUAAUGGUCUCUAAAAAUGGUUAAGCUAUAAAAAAAAUAGCCUUGUGCUGGUUACUAAUAAAUGUGUGUCUCAAAUUUAGUGCUUCCAAGCUUUAUAGUAAUACUAGAUCUGAAUCAAGGACCAAUUUUAAAUGAGUUUGUCAUCCAUUUCCUAAUUACCUGUGUUCAGAACCAAACAUGAAUCGGCUUCAGGUGCUGUGCAAUUAAUAUUUCCUAUAAUUACAGCUGUAUAUUCAAGAUUGCAAUUAUGAAGUUUAAAUAUUUGGGAAACAUGUAGAGGGCUAGGACUAAUGCAGUUUGUCAUUGCAAGGUAAAACACAACAUGUUGCUGCAGUGAUUUCAUUGUGAUUUAUGAUUGAACAUACUGUAUAGUCUUCGCAAAUGGCAAUGGUUCAUUUGGCCUCUUUUGAUUUAAAUAAUACCUUUCACAAUCACUUGUAAUAUACAAAGCUCCUGUUCACGGGAUACAGGGAAAAUAGAGUAUGAAAAUUUUAAAAAAUCCAAGUCAUCAAGUAUGCAGGAAGUAUAAAAAUUUUGUGGAAUAAAUGUUUAAUGGCUUUGUUAUCUGAUGGUAUGUUUGGAACAGCUAAGUGGUUUUCCUGGUGUGUUCCCCUUUUAAGAACUAUUUGCAAUGAGGAAGUCUUCGAAAACUUCCACUGUUGGAACUAAAGUAGGUAUGAAACUGGAAGGAUAUCUGUGUCCACAGGCUUGCAAAGAGGUUGAAUUUCAUACAUCCAUGUACAGUGUACUUGAACAAUAAAAAACUUCAAUCUUUUCUAA